AUGACAGUCAAAGAAUUGAAGAAUGGUCCUACUUUUUUUGAGCCACUGACGACUAUUGAAGAGCCUAUACAAUUCAAUUUACCCAAGUCGACGGCCGUGGCAACGGCCUUCCCCGUUUACUCACCAGAGCAAUUACCUGCGAGUCUAGUUGAUUAUAUGUGUUCAGAACUUAAUUCAGAAAUAGAAGCUGGUAAUACUUAUCCGCAUUACGAAGUGCUGUCAAGAGAAGAGUUCGUCAAGAUGUGGUUUCAUUCGUUUUGCGUCGUUCUCCUAAAGACAGAAAAACUAGAAAUAGAUGAUUCUAUGAACAACUGGGAUGAGCUUUUCUUGGGGACUUUUUACAUAAAACCAAAUUAUCCUGGUCGUUGCUCCCACAAUUGUAAUGCCGGAUUUCUUGUUGGCUCUAAACAACGAAACCAAAAGGUCGGUUAUCGUCUGGGACAAGUUUAUUUGAAGUGGGCGCCUCUUUUGGGAUAUAAAUACUCUGUUUUCAAUUUGGUAUUUGUUUCCAACGUCGCAAGUUGGAAACUUUGGGACAAAUUCAAGUUUGAUCGUAUUGGUUAUGUCCCCAAGGUUGCUGUCCUAAAAGGACAUACCGAGAGGGUUGACGCAAUUAUAUUUGGGAAAGAUCUUACUCAGAUAGAACCUGAAAUUUUUGACGAUUUACAGUAA